ACCUGCUGAUUGGUCUACGCCAUUUUUUUUUCUUCUUUUAUUAUUAUACAAGUAUACAUUACCGCUUCCAUUAUUUUAUCUGUUAACGGAAACGGUUCUCCUUUUUAUAUGUUUUCUUCAAAGUCUUUUUGUUUCGUUUCUUCUCCCCUUGUAAUUCUUUAUUUAGUUACCGGUGUUUUUCCCCCUAUUUUUCCACACACUUUUAAAGCAACAAAAAAGUGCCCUUUUACAAGCACGCAAAGGUUUUCAGUUGUGCCUUGUUUUUUCUUUUUUCUUUUUUUGCACAAUAUCUUCCUCCCAACGGACAUUCGUUGACAAGUGGUGCGAAGGUAAUGGGGAAUUAACGUUCAUUUACGUACCUUUAAAUGGACAUUCCAUUCAUCCUACACUUGCGUGUAUUUGAGGUACAGGGCGAGGGAUUGGGACUCGCGUCGGAAUUUGGGCGCACACAGUAACCCCUGAUAGGUUUCGGUUUGUGGCUGUGUGCGUGUGUAUGGAAACGGCAGGAUCGAUCAUCACACACAGGUGCGCAAUUAACUUUACCGGCUUCCGCUGUAGAAAUGGUACAUCUACCCCCUUUGUAAGGUUAUAAGCUAAUAUAAGGCACACACACACACCGAUAUUAUUCACCCCAUCUGGAAAGGCUCCUCUUGUGGAACCUUCCAACACAUACAAGCUACAGAAAGAGAGGGACCGAUGUGUAGGGAGAAAAGAUAGAAGAACGCCAUAAAUGCUCCACACACUGUAGGCCGUUUAAAUAAUUCGAGCAAACGUGGUAUUAACCGCCGAUGGUGCGAUGGUGUUCUCUUCUUUGCUAGCGGCGCCUAUACCUUAACACAGGUGUAUGUGUGUGGGAUCUGUGUGCGUGCUUACGCGGUACGAUCCCAUCAGAUCAAGCGGCGGUAGCUCGGGUGUCGCUUCGUUUACGCACCGUUUGUUUGCUCGAGCGUCUCGUCGAGAGAACACACAAUGCGCGCCGAGCGCAUCGCGGUUGAAGCUUUUGCUAGUGUUUCUGCCUUGCUGUGAGUGUGUGCGAACCCGACUGUGAAUGUGUGUAUAAACGGGGCGGGUGGAGAUUUGAGAAGGUUUUAACAGAAGCAACAGAACAAGCUUGAUCUUGCGAUGUUCUCGAUAUCACGGCAAAAAGGCAACCGUACAAGUGCGAAACGAAUGAACGCGGUUGGUUAUGAUGGGAACAAAACUAUCAUUUUUUAUUUCUCGAUCGCCGCGUGUGUGUUUUUGACCGAUAGUCUGUUACUAGUGCGGAAACUAAUUCGUCGGUAGUGAUCAAAUGCAACACAGAGCUUGGCUGCGUGACUGCAACGAGGGGAUGAAAGAAUCGAUCUAAGAUGGCGGCAGGAGAGCACUGGAAUGGCGAUGUAUGGCAGUAACAAGUAGCAGCGACACUGGAAACGAAGCGACCGUCCACAAAAUGAGCUUCCGCCGAUGCCACGAGCGUCAACCCCGCCGCUGUGUGGUGGCCAUGGUGGGGUGAAUCAACUAGGCGGGGUGUUCGUGAAUGGGCGCCCCCUCCCCGAUCUGGUCCGGCAGCGGAUUGUCGAGCUGGCGCACAACGGUAUCCGGCCGUGUGACAUUUCGCGCCAGCUGCGUGUCAGCCAUGGUUGCGUUUCGAAGAUCCUUUCGAGAUAUUACGAAACUGGCAGCUUUAAGGCGGGCGUGAUCGGUGGUUCGAAACCGAAGGUGGCAACACCACCGGUAGUCGAAGCGAUCGCUGCCUACAAGCUCCAGAAUCCAACCAUGUUUGCAUGGGAAAUCCGUGACAAGCUCCUGGCGGAUGGUAUCUGUGUGCACGACAACGUACCGAGUGUAUCCUCCAUCAACCGAAUUGUACGGAACAAGGCGGCAGAGAAGGCUAAGUACAGUUCACAACGUUCGGACAACAGUAGCCUCGACAGUCCAAGGAUUCUUUCGCGCAACAAUCAACAGCAGCAAAGCCAGCAGCAACAGCAACAGGAAUGUCUCAAUCAACAGAUGCAAGCAGAUCAGGAAUCGAUGAAGUCACCACAACAGGUGGAGAACGUUGCGUCCCAGUCGUACAGCAUCAAUGGGUUGCUGGGACUGUCCCAGAAAUCAUUGUCCGGUUCGAGCUCGAAACGGCGUCGCAUCAAGGAGGAUCCUGCAGACCUGAAGGGUAGCAUGUUGAGCUGUAUCAAGCGCGAUAAGGAGGCGAAAGAGAUGUCGGAAAGCAUGCUGCACGAGAGCAUAGGCAAGGGAGGCCCCGGUCAGGACCAGCAGCAGCAGCAACAGCAGCAGGAUAAAGGGCACGAUCUCUUCGUCGGCGGUGUCGAUUUUGUUAGUUCACUCGCGAUGGCCCAGGACGAUGGUAAUAAUCCGGAUAAUCAGCAGCCCGGCUUUAGCAGCAUGCGGGCCGGACCACGGCCCGGCACAAUGAGCAGCAGCCCGAUACGGUCGCGGGAAAAUGCCCUCUUCCUGCUGGCCGGUGGUGAUAAAGCGCACAAAUACCACCGCACGGACGAACCCAUGCCGACCGGUGUGAUCAUCGAGGAUGACAGUAGCGCACGCAAACAUCAGCAAGCGCAGCAGCAGCAGCAGCAGGCACAUCAGGCAAGCGACGUAAAGACGACCUACGAUAAGAUACUCGCCGGUGAGCUAGUGCCGGGCAGUGCGGUGAAACGUACCACCACCACCGAACCCACCACGCUGACACAGUCGAUCGAGUUCCUGAGCGACAUGAACAACAACAUCUCCCAGAACCAGCAUCAAGGUUUCGCGGCGGCAGCGUACGAGGGUGCGUACAGUGCGGCCGAUGCGGCCGACACGGCCGUCCAGCUGAAUCCACAUCUGGCCGCCUGCUCUUCGAACUAUUCCGCCUUCCUGCAGAAUACCGACCAGUUUGCGGCGGCCAACCCGGAGCUGAUCUUCCCGACCGCCGCCUAUACACAGUACGCCGCACCCGGGUACGGCACGUUCAACUACAACUCAUCCUUCGCCAACAACAACCUGUGCCGGGAUCUUGGCCAGAUUCACUAUCCCGAGGAGCAGUAGUAGUAGCUGUAGCCAGUAGUAGUGGUAGGCAAUAGUAAUAGCAGUAUCGGUAGUGGUAACAAACGUUGGAACGGAGUGAUUUCUUUAGCCGGUACGAUGUCGCGAGACAACGAGCGUGUGUUGCGUUGAUUUCCGUGUUGAAACAGAACACACUUACACACCUACACACACACACACACGCGCGCGCGCACGCACAAAGGACAAGAGAAAAGGAGAACAAAAAAACAAAACAUUAAUUAAACAAUUAAAAACGAUGAAAAUUCAUUUAUAAAUCAGCCCCAAGCCGGUGGGCGAAUACUCCUUAGGCAGUGGGAGUGUGUGUGUGUGUGUUGCGUGUUUCGCAUUUAGAUACAAAGAUACAUUUUUAUCGACGGUCUACGCGCCCGUCUAAACGUGUCACGCAUUUAGGAAGAGAUAUGUUGUGCGCUAACGAAUGCUAACGUUUAUUUUUUCUCUCUCUCUGAAAUUUAUUAAAAUAAAAGCAAGUGCUGCACCGAAACCAA